AUGAAAUCUAAAUUAGAAGAUGUAGCUCAUUUAGCAAAUGUAUCUAAAACUACUGUAUCUAGAGUUUUAAACAAUAGAGGUUAUAUUAGUGAAAAAACGCGAGUGAAAGUCUACCAAGCGAUGCAAGAAUUAAAUUAUCAUCCUAAUAUCCUUGCAAGGCAAUUAUUUCAACAAAAAACUAAUAUCAUUGGGUUGCUAUUCCCGAUGGUAAGCAAUCCUUUCUUUGGUGAACUUAUUGAACUUAUUGAAGAACUUGAAAAAGGAUUGUAUCGUAAAGGGUACAAAGUUAUAAUUGGGAAUUCUUUAAAUGAUCCUCAGAAGGAAAAAGACUAUUUGAAUCAAUUACUAACAAAGCAAAUCGAUGGAUUAAUAGUGGGAACCCAUAAUAAUGGGAUCAAAGAGUAUCAAUGUAAGAAUCUUCCAAUUGUUUCUAUAGAAAGAACUGUCAGUAAAGAAAUACCUGUUAUAGAAUGCGAUAACUAUAACGGAGGAAUAUUAGCCACAAAUUAUUUAUAUGAAGCAGGAUGUAGAAAUAUAAUACAUACUACAGGGAGAUCUAACAUAGAUAUGCCUAGUAACCUUAGAGAUAAGGCAUGUAAAGAUGCGAUGAUGAGUUUUGGGCUAACCCCCUGCAGCUACCCUAUAUAUUUCGAUAUGAAUAAUGAAGAGAAGAAAAAACACUUCAAGGAAAUAUUUAUUAAAUAUCCUAAUUUAGAUGGAAUUUUUGCAGGAAAUGACGUUGAAGCAGCUAUCAUAAUGAAAGUUGCUCAAAAAUUAGGGAAAAAAUUCCUGAAGAUAUCAAAAUUAUUGGUUUUGAUGGAACAAAAUUAUGCAGGAAUUUAA